AUGUCUGGUGGCUGGGGUGCAUAUAUCAAGAAUCUGAUGGACUCCAGUGGAGGGAUUCGCCGCGCGGCCAUUAUUGGUUAUCCGGAUGGUUCGGUUUGGGCGAGGUCAGAAGGCGAAGAUGCAUUCCGAGCCACAGACGAAGAGCUGAAAAAAUUUGUUAGCCUUUAUGACAACAUCGAGAAAGUGCCAUCAACUGGUUGUGAUUUGGAAGGCGUUCAUUACAUCGUACCACGGAUUGAUGAAAAUCUGAUAUUCGGGAAACGCGAUAAAACAGGCAUAUUCGCCGCCAAGACCAAAUCAGGUUGA